AUGAGGCCUCCCCUGUGUCUGCUGCACAUCCUCCUCGCGUGCCUUCACAUCUACCGGCCGGGCUGCCUGGCGACAGUCGUACUGACUGGAUCGGUCCCGAACCCGAGAACGAUGAUAGUCCGGGCACUUUUCCUUACUUUCCUGUUGGCUGAGAGAUCAUCUGGUCAGUUUGUUGUGACAGGGGCCUGUGACUCUGACAGCGACUGUCAGACCUCGGGACAUGGCGGCUGCUGUGCGAGGUGGAACCCCAGCGCCUCCACCAACGUGUGUAAGGAGCUUGGGAACGAGGGGGAUCUGUGUCACGUGGCCGCCAGCCAGCUGCCGUUCCCGUUCUCAGGGCGCCGAAGGUUCUGGAGAUGCCCGUGUGGAGACGACAUGACGUGUGUCCCAUCAUCCCCCGGGUCUAUGGUUGGAGCCUGUGAGUGACGUCAUGGCCGCCAUGUUAGAAUCACUUCUAACCCGCUGUUCGGGUACCUAACAUGGCUGAAUGUCUAUGUAGGAAUAAUUUCUCAAUAUCGAUGACAGCUGAACUGAUGUGUUACAUUUGCCGUAAAUGAAAACAAAUUGUACAUUAUUGAGCUGAGGCGGCAUCGAAGUCUGUCUUAUACUAAAAUAUUAGGACGACUCACAGUGAUUUUUGUACACAAUCGGCUGAGUCUUAACUUUU